AAACAAAACGUCAAAAAGACGAAACGUGUGAAACAGCUAAAACGUGUUCGCUGAUUUGCUGGGUGAAGAUUAUUAAAUUUUGUGAAAUAGUUGAGUUAAAUUCAGUAUUAUUGGUGUUGAUAUUGUGCAGAAACUUCAAAUACGCUAAUUUAAAGCUUCUACAGUGAUAGAGCGAAUGAUCGGAAUUAGCUCCAAAACGGUAACUGCGUAGAGGGUAUUCGUAACCUUCAACAGAUUAGCUUCUUCCGUGUCCAAUUAAAGCUAAUAAUCGGAUACGGAUUCAACGAAAAUCUGGUGGAUUGCGUUUUGGUCACAACAAAAAGCCUAUUACGGAUAUUUCACACCACAAUAUUAAUUAAUACAAUGCAAGAAUGUCGAUCACAACGGAAAAACGCCGAUUAUCAUCUAUUCUAAAACCUUACCCGAGCCUAGAAAGCCCAAAGCUGAAUGCGAGCCUUUCGCAAAACAAGGUUCGCUUCGACGAUCUAUCAAUCGAAUCGGUUCUCCAGGAUGCCCUGGAAAAUAAUCGGCUGCAGCGCUUCGAACAUUUGCUGGCUUCCAUCAAGGAGGAACAGUUCGAUGAAAACAAAUUCCAGCAGGUCUUUAUUGAUUCGAAACGAUGUGUCCACCUAUUGAACGCCAACUUUGGAAUGUUGGUGGAGGCCUUGCUGUCGGUGAAAUGGUUAUCGCGGAGUGAUACCGCGCAGGAAAUUUACAAGGCAUUUGUGAUAGAGCUGCUGGUAGCGCAUAGUAACUACACGUCCCUGGUGGUGUCGAGGUUAGUGCAGAGUUUUAUCCCAAAGGACGACGAUCGGAGCGGUUGGGUUCAUGGGGUUCCUACCGAGGAGACGCUAAGGACGGUGGCCCCGAUUCACGAUUUGAUUGUAAGACUGAUAAAUGUAAUACCGAUGUUAUUCGAUGUAAUUCUGGUUCAUUUGCGAAAAAACUUUCCCUACUUUAAGAAGCCUACGCACGUGGUUUGUGGAUUCGUACACAACAUGUUAUGCAUGACGGAGUACUCAUCGAUGUUUGUUGAAGAAUUAUUGGAGAUAAUUUUCAAUCGAAUGUUGGUGAUAGAUGUUAACGCUCCCAGGAGAGAAAUUGAGGAAGCGGAAUUCCCAGAAGAUGAGCAGCAAAUUUUUAUGAUGGAGGACGAUGCUGUAGCAGGCCACAACGAGGAUGAGGAAGAUGUAACGAUGAAGAUGCCAUUAGCCGAAACGUUGGAUUGUUGCAUGGAACUGUUGUUCGAAUAUAUCAAAAAACGAACUUCUUCGGAAAAUACCAAUGAAUCAGAUCGAAUGUUCAAGGUGCUGCUGUCUCUUUUUGACAAUCACAUUCUGCCCACACACAACACGCACCACGUGCAAUUUUUGAUAUUUUACUUCUGCAGCUUUAAGCAGUCCUAUGCGGAAUACUUUAUAACGUAUCUGUGGAAACAGGUGUGUAACCCAAACGUUUCCACUCCGAUGCGACAGGCAGCGGUUGGGUAUCUCGCUAGCAUGCUGGCACGUGCUAAAUUUGUCCCAAUAAGCCUUUUGAAAUCCACGCUGCUAGAGUUUUCUACUUGGGUUCACCAAUACAUCCAGGAAACGGACUCGAUGAUUGGAUGUACGCUGAAAGCCCACAUGGUGUUCUAUUCGAUCUGCCAGGCAAUCUUCUACGUGGUGGCGUUCCGGAGCAAGCACCUAACGGCAAGCUCGAAAAAUCUCAUCUUCCUCCAAUCGCUGCAACUUUCGUCUAUUGUCACCUGUCAUCUGAAUCCGCUCAGAGUAUGCCUGCCGGCCGUAGCAACAGCGUUUGCCGGUGUUACGAGAGCUCAUCAGUUGGCUUACUGUCAUACUAUUUUGGAACGAAAUGCCCGUCGUAAACUGGCAACGAUAUACAAAAAUGAAGCACAAACACCGCAGGAAUGUUUGGAAACUUUCUUCCCUUUCGAUCCGUACAUAUUGAAAAAAUCGAGUCAACGGAUCGAUCCAAUCUUUCUACAGUAUCAAGCUAGUGAAACGGAAGAAAACCAUCCAAUUAGUUCACCGGAAGCACGUGGUCGCAAAAGGUCCGAAUCGAUGUCCGAAGAUGUUGAUGACUUUCUGCAGGAAAGCAAACGGCUCAAAAAUGAUCAAGGUGCACCACAGGACUUUGGUGAAAUGCACUAUACAUACUCCUACGGAGUAUCGCCGGGUUUUCACAAUUAGAAUCAAAACUCAUUGGUUAGAAUAUAUGUGUAGUUAUACUUAUUUUCAUA